GUCUGGAUUUCAUGCCGUUUAGUUCUAUAAGUUUUGUUUAUUAUUAAAUGUCAAACAUUAUAAAUUUAGUUCAGUGUUGUCAAUAUUUAUGGUGAAUCUGUGUGUUGGUUUCAGACAAGUUCUCAUGUGUAGUGUCUUGUUUACAUUUAGUUGCUAGGUUCUCAUUUUGAUACGCCCCUGAGGCUCUCAGACUGCUGCUUCCCACCCUUAGAAGUCAGACAGCAUUUUUAUCCUGUGUAGUAAAGCGUUGCUUCUAAACAAGCUAGGAAGGAUUGUUCACGAGGAAAGUUUUUGUAUUUCUGACUCCGGGAAAGUCAAGGAAAAGAAAGUGGUUCUGCCUGCCUCUCUUUUUCAUCUGUUUACUGUAAAAUCUGAGGUAGCUAGACCUAGCCAACACUAAUGGAGCCUAAUGGGUGUUCCUCUUGGAAUAUGGAUACAAAUGUUUGUACUUUUAAGUUCCCAAACUUGCAAUCUGCCUAUGGUCUUGAGCUAAUGUAAGCUUUGGAAAUAUUGUUUGCUUGAUGGUUAAACUUGACGGUCUACUCAUGCACUGUGUUUAGUGGGAGAAGACCAGAACAACAGGACUCCAGUUAUUUACUUGUAUAAGCAAAAUUUCCUUAACAUCAGUUUUUGGUAAAGGAGUAAACUUAGACAACUUGAAUCCUUUUAGUAUUUUGAAAAUGUUGGAUAUUUAUUUUGUGUUAGUGGUCGGUUUUAUGUAUUGUUGUGGUCUAACUGUAAAAAUAGGAAGUUAUUAGUAGAGACACUGUUGUCUCCGAGUCUCCUGUAUGUGUUUUAUCUAGGCACUCUCCAAAUAUUUUGUAUGUAUUACAGAAUAUGGAUGGCUACAGGACAAGUGGAAAAGCAACUGCUUUUCAAAAGGGGAUAAAAUUUAGAACAGCAAUAUCUGCAGUCAAAGCUUGGAGAGAUUAGAUGUUGCUGACCUGUUUCUUAAAUUGACAAAUAAAAUAUAGUAACUAUUUUCAAGUUACUGAUAGUACUUGAGUGCAUCAAUUAUACAAAGUUUAUGAAGUAGAGGUCUUUUAUCAUAGAUAUUUUCUCAUCUCAUAUUUGUAUAUCAUGAUAGUAAUACUACUUCCAUUCAUCUUGUAUUGGCUCUCUUUUGGCAGUUACUUGAAAGGUUUCUUUACUUGAGAAAUUUGGACCACAAAUACUAGUCAGUAUAUUCAUAUGCCACGUAGAGUCUAGUUUAAAGACACUGAGAAGGGAAGAAGUAUUUUGGACAUAAAUGACAAUUCUUGUUUUGUCAGAUUUUUUUUUUUAUUAGAAAUUCCCUUUCCUUAAUAGGGCUGCUUAAUUUUUGUCAGUGCAUUAAACCACUAUUUUGAAGAAGUUAGUUUUUGUAAAUGACUACAGUUUGCUUAUUAUUUAUAACUAAUAGGCAUGUCAGGGAGGACGUGUCACCUUCUAUUGAGAAUGAACGUCUGAAUAUGUUCUGUAUUUUGUCUUUAUCACAGAAUGUAAGUGCAGAUUGUUCUGUAGCCUUGAUAUAAUUUAUAAUUUGCAUGUGUUUGUGUUUAGGAUUAAAUUUAAAAAUGGAACAGUAUGCUUCGUACAUAGAGAGUUCUAAAGUACCUUUAUCUGAUAUUGCUCAGAGGAUUAUGACAGCUUUGCAGUCUAUUCCUGUGGAAGUUCAGACUAACAGAAAAAAUAACCAGAGUAUAGAGAAGACAGAGGAAAAUAAACUAGGUGAUAAAGAUGCACAUCUGAAAAAUGAAAAGGAGAUUCGUGAUUCCACAAUUGCCUUAUUAAAAACUUCUGUCAGCACUGAAAAAAGGACUGCUGAUCAAAUAGUCAGGACAGUACAUACCAACAAAAUGCUUUGCUGUCAAGAUACCAAAAUAGUGAGCUAUCACCAGAAUUUAGACAUGCCAACACUGGGUUUUAGAGAACGAAAGCGUUCAGCAGAAGAAAAAAAUCUGAAGGAUGGUGAAAAGAAUACAGCUCCUCCUCUGAAAAGAAAGCAAGAUAUUCCUACAUGCUGUUCAGAGAAAACCAGAAAACUACCUAUAAAUACCUAUACUUCUUCACAUGAAAGAAGAUACAAGUGUAUUUCUGGACAAACAGAGUCUUCUGAAAAUUGUCCUUGUGAUAUCAGCAGCUUGGGAUGUGAAGAAAAAAGAGAAUUACUUGCAGCUGUAGAACAGGCAGUGGCUUUUGUAACUACUAUGAUAUUUCACGAUGGUUCUUCACAGCUCAACUCGGAGCAGGCCUUAACCUCAUCAGUAAAAGGAGUUGUUGUGUUAGUGAAGAAUCAGAGUGAUCAUGCGUGUCCUCCCAGUUCCUCUUCAACUGACUAUACUUGGAAUGCUGCUAAUGAAAAUGGCAAAUUAAUUUAUUUAAAAAUUGAAUGCUCAUCUCUUUGGGAACAACAGACUCCAAAGAAAUUUGCUUGGCAAGUGUUGUUGCAAAUGCUGCGUUGCAAAGUUCCAAUUAUUUGCUUCAAUGCAAAAGAUUUCCUGAGGACUCUACUUCAAGUUUAUAGUAAUGAAAUUAGCUGGAAACAAGUUGCUGAUAGUGUCGUGUUAGAUCCAAGGAUUGCAGCGUGGCUGAUAAACCCCAGCGACACAGUUCCUUCUUUUGAAUGUUUAAUAGAGAAGUAUUUUGAAAAGCCUUUUUCUAUGGGAACAGUAAAUACAGACACAGACAGUAUGAGAAAUGCAUCAUAUAAAAACUUAGAUGUGAACUUGAAGAAGCUUUAUAAUGUAAUGAUGGACCUUGCUCAUCACUUACAGGUUCAGGGUUUGUGGAAAUUAUUUUGCACUUUAGAGCUUCCGCUUAUCAAAAUUCUGGCAGUGAUGGAAACACACAAAAUACAGGUGAACAAGCAAGAGCUGAAAAAAACGUCAGAGAUUCUGGGGUUGCGACUCAAAGAGCUUGAACAGGAAGCUCAUCUAGUUGCUGGAGAACAAUUCCUUUUGACCAGUAGUAGUCAACUCAGAGAGGUACUAUUUGAAAAGUUAAAACUGCAUACAUUGUGUGAGACAGUGCACAGAACAGAAAUACAACAACUUGUGUCUACCUCAGAAGUUGUGCUAAAUAAGUUGCAAGAUCUUCAUCCUUUGCCUAAGAUAGUAUUAGAAUACCGUCAGGUUCAUAAGAUGAAAUCAACUUACGUGGAUGGACUAAAAACAUGCAUGAGAAAGGGAUUUAUUUGCUCUACAUGGAAUCAGACAGGAACUGUAACUGGCAGACUUUCAUCCAAACAUCCAAACAUUCAAGGUAUUUCUAAACAUCCAGUUAGAAUUACAAAGAAACAGUACAUAAAAGGAAAAGAAGAGGAAAUAUUAACUAUUUCCCCGAGAACAUUGUUUAUUUCCACAAAAGGAUAUACAUUUUUAGCAGCAGAUUUUUCUCAUAUUGAAUUAAGGAUUCUUGCUGAUUUAUCAUCUGAACCAGAACUUUUGAAACUGUUCCAAGAACCUGAAAGCACCGACAUCUUUUCCACACUGGCUUCUCAGUGGAAAGGAAUUCAAAGUGAACAAGUGCAACAUGCAGAUAGAGAGCAAGCAAAGCGUAUAGUUUACUCAGUGAUUUAUGGAGCAGGUAAAGAGCGUCUUGCUGACUGUCUAGGAAUUACUCCUCUUCAAGCCAGUCAAUUUAUAGAGAGUUUUAUGCAAAAAUACAAGAAACUACAUGAAUUUACAAAGAAAACCAUUGAACAAUGUCGGAAUAAAGGUUAUGUGGUUUCCAUAAUGGGACGUAAAAGACCAUUGGCUAAUAUCAACGCACAGGAUUACAAACUACGCACUCAAGCAGAGAGGCAGGCUGUCAAUUUUGUUGUUCAAGGAUCUGCAGCUGAUCUUUGUAAAAUGGCUAUGGUGGAGAUUUUUAACUCUGUUGCCGUUUCUCCAACUUUAACAGCCAGGUUAAUUGCCCAGAUUCAUGAUGAGUUGUUGUUUGAAGUAGAAGAUUCUCAAAUACAGGAAUUUUCAGCAUUGGUAAAAAGAACAAUGGAGUCCCUGCAGCAAACCACAGCAUUGGAAGUGCCACUGAAGGUUCCCUUGAAAGUGAUUCUUACGACUGGGAAAUCAUGGGGGUGUAUGACAGAAUUGCAGGAGAUGUAAAGCAGUCAUCGGGGAUGUUAUUCAGUACCCGUACACCUCAUUGGCCUGUGCUGAUUCCUCUCUGAAUCACUAGGCAACAGCGCUGCUGGAUCUUUCAUAAGCACCUAAUAC